AUGACCCCGAUGCGCAAUGCAAACAUCUCUGGCCACAUUCUACGAGAGGCUCACUAUCGUGUUGGAUACUAUCUUGCUACAGAGUUCUUGGGAAACGUACUGGGUAUUGAAGAGUACCUAGUUCCUCAUGUGCAGGGCCACACAACCAGUGGAUUUCGUGUAUUGCAUGAACAUCAAACCUUGAUUGUGGCAUUGAUGCGCGGUGGCGAACCCAUGGCUUUUGGUGUCAGUGAAGCUUUGCCACUCGCUACGUUUCUUCAUGCUGAAGACCCUGAAGAUAUUAAGGCUACUCAUGUGGAGGGCCAGCUCAAUGUUGUUCUCGUGGACUCGGUUGUGAAUAGCGGCAAGACAAUCGUUGAGUUUGUAGAGCAUAUCCGGAAGCUGCACGCAACGAUCCGUAUCGUUGUAGUAGCUGGCGUGGUUCAAUCGCAGGUCAUUCAUGGAUCCAGUGCAGCCAAGGCACUUGCUAGAUCUGGGAAUUUCAGUAUCGUGGCUCUGCGUCUCUCAGAGAAUAAAUUCACGGGCAAAGGCACCACCGAUACUGGGAACCGGCUAUUCAAUACAACAUAUCUACCUUGA